AUGUGCCCUGCGUAUCAUGAAUUGGUGUCCUUGUCACCGGAUGACAAUUGGCGCGCCUUUACUGUUUUGGACGGUGAAGGAGGGAACGAGUACCGGAGGCGGCGGCUGCCUUCGUACAAGGCGCAUAGGGCUCGCGGCGUCGGCACUGGCGCUGACACACGGGUCGUCGACGUUCUCCGCCAAUGCAAUGUCCCGGUUGUAAGAGUCGAUGGAUAUGAGGCUGAUGAUGUGGUGGCUACCUUGAUAGAACAGGUUCUACAGAAAGGUUACAGAGUUGUCAUUGCCUCACCAGGUAAAGACUUCAAGCAGCUGAUAUCUGAUGAUGUUCAGUUAGUCAUGCCCAUUCCUGAGAUUGGCCGAUGGUCUUUCUAUACAUUAAGGCAUUAUGUCGCUCAAUACAAGUGUGAUCCAACUGCAGACUUAAGCCUUAGGUGCUUCAUGGGCGAUGAAGCAGAUGGUGUUCCAGGAAUCCAGCACUUGGUUCCGGGAUUUGGUAGAAAGACUGCAGUGAAACUAUUGCAGAAACAUGGUUCAAUAGAAAACUUGCUAAACACAGCUGCAGUUAGAACUGUUGGCAAAGAUUAUGCCCAGGAUGCUCUCAUUAAGCAUGCAGAUUACUUACGGAAAAAUUAUGAAGUUCUUAGCCUGAAGAGGGAUGUAAAUGUUCAGUUUGAUGAUAAUUGGUUAUCCACGAGGAACACAAGCAAUGACACCAAUGUUCUAGCUGACUUCAUCCUUAAAUUUAAUGGCGAAGGCAGAAGCUAA